AUGAGCGAGCAACAAACGGGCGAAAAACCCUCUGGCACUGAGUCUCAGCAACCAGUGCAACCCAACCAGCCGUACCAACAACAGCAGAGAUACCCAAGGAACAGUGGUCAAAAAAGCAGUGGCCAAAAAGGCUCCAGAUCGAACUCUAAAUCCUACAACGGAUAUCAAGGCAACAAUGGCGGAAACGGCGGUGGCAACCACAGAUAUAACAAAAAUGGCUUUCACCAUAAGAACAACAGAAGCGCUGGUGCUGUCCCUGGCAUGCAGUGGGCUUACGGGUCAUAUGGCAUGGCUGGCCAGCCUCAGUUCUACCCUUCUUACGGAUACGGUUACGUUCCGGCUAUGGCUGCUCAAGGCUAUAACCCAGCAGGUGGUCCCUCCAGUUCAGCGUCACCAGUUGAGCCUGCUGCUACUUUGACACCAACGACUCCUGUCUCCAAAAAAAUUGAAAUUACAAACAGAUCUGGAGAGCAUGUCGACCUCAACGCGAUUCACAGCCAGCACAUUUCGUCAUCCGCCGGGCAGCCCGCUCACUCGCCCGUGAAAGAGUCUAGUACACCUGCUGCACCUACUCCUGAACCCAAAGCUGCUGUGGAGCCCAGCAAACCAGCCACCCCGGAACCAAGUAAAACUGAGCCUUCGGCUGAUGAUUUAUUGAAGAUGAGUUUCUUGGAACAAGUUAGAAUGAGAAAAGCGAUGCGCGCACAAAAGAAGGCUGGCGAUUCUCCAUCAGUCCAAACGGCGGAAGUUAUUGCUUCUGCACCAGAGGUCAAAACUGAGUCGGCUCCCGAAGCUGCUACUCCAACGCCAAAGGUGCCAUCCGAAAACUCUUCAAACGAUGUGACGAAUGCCACCCAAGAAGCUGUGUCGAGUGAUGCUCAAGGAAUUCAUGAGGAAAGCAUUCCGAAAGAUGCGCCAAAGGAUGACUCUGCCACUACUCAAAACCCCUCUGUGGAAACAGUUGCUGAAGCUACUUCUAAGGCUCCCGUGGCAACUGAUGCAGAUGCGCCAAGUGAGCAAUCAGAAACUGUUGUAGUGAAGGCUGUUUCGAAGGCUGCUCCAGAAGUUAUCUCAGAAGCUGUUCCAGAAGCUGCUACAGAAGCUGCUCCAGAGACUGCUCCAGAGACUGCUCCAGAGACUGCUCCAGAGACUGCUCCAGAAGCUACUCCAGAAGCUACUCCAGAAGCUACUCCAGAAGCUGUCCCAGAAGUUGCCCCAGAAGCUGCCCCAGAAUCUGCACCAGAGCCUGAAAAGGAGACUAGCAUUGUCACUGAAAAUACUGAGGCUUCUGAACCUGUUAAGGAAGACGCCCAACCAGCUCGUCCUUUGACAUUUUCAGAAAAGUUGAAGCUGAAAACUAAAGCAUCUGCUAAAAGUGAUGCUGACACCACUGCAACUGAUACUCAACCAGGUGAGACUGCUUCCACUUCAGAGCCUACCGGAGAGGCCGAACCACAAGACGCAUCUGAAAAGGCUUCCGAAGCCUCUGAGGAAGCCGAGGUCGCCAACACCGCCCCCGUGGAAGAAGAGCAGAAGAUUGAUAGUGCGGCUGAACCAGAAUUGCAAGUCAGUGCUGAAGCUAAGGAACCCACUGGUGAGGAACCAAAGGCCGAGGGUGAUCAAGAAGACUCCGAUGUUGAUGAUGGUAGAAUUACCAUGACAGAGUUCUUGGCUAGAUUGGAUCAGGUUUCACCUGUUGAUGAUAUCUACUCGUUCAAGUACCCAGAAGGUAUCGAGGCUCCUGACGCAAGAUACAAGAGGGAAAAGGCCAAAUACACUUACGGCCCAACCUUCCUGCUGCAGUUCAAGGACAAGGUUAAUGUUCGUCCUGAUGCUGAAUGGAAAGAAAAGGUUGCAUCUAAAAUUGUAAUCCCACCUGGCAGUGUUAGACCAGGCGGAAGAAGCAGAGGUGACUCCAAAUUUGGGCCAGGUGCAGGCUUCAAGAAGAGCGGUUCUUUGAGGGGAAUGGAAGGUAGAUCCAACUCUCGCUCUUCUUCCAAGAGAAAAUCAAAGAAGAUGGGUGAUGACAGAAAAUCUAAUAGAGCAUACACUUCAAGAAAAGACCGUGAGAGAAUGGCUGAAGAGGAUGACAAACCUAAGGAGGACGUUGCUCCUCUAAUCCCUAGCGCCAACAGAUGGGUUCCAAAGUCCAAGCAGAAGAAGACUGAGAAGAAAUUCGCACCAGAUGGUGUUACCGAGCUGCUCAAUAAGGAGGAGGCCCAAAGAAAGAUGAAAUCUUUGCUGAACAAGUUGACUCUAGAAAAAUUCGAUCCAAUUUCCGAGGAGAUUAUCAAGAUCGCUGACCAGUCGAAAUGGGAAACUGAUUGUGAGACUUUGAAGGUCGUUAUCGAAGAGAUUUUCAUGAAGGCCUGUGAUGAGCCUCAUUGGUCUUCAAUGUAUGCACAACUGUGCGGUAAGGUGGUGAAGGACAUGGAUCCUGAGAUCAAAGAGGAAGGAAACGAAGGAAAGGCCGGUCCAAAGUUGGUUUUGCAUUACUUGGUCGACAGAUGUCAUGCUGAGUUCCAAAAGGGUUGGACCGACAAGCUUCCUACAAAGGAAGACGGCAGCCCUCUUGAACCUGAAAUGAUGUCUGAUGAGUAUUAUCAAAUGGCCGCGGCGAAGAGAAGAGGUUUGGGUUUGGUAAGACUCAUUGGUUUCCUCUACCGUUCUCAUCUCCUGACUGCUAAGAUGAUGUUCGAGUGUUUCCGUAGGUUGAUGAAAGAUUUGGCAGACAGUCCAACGGAAGAGACUUUGGAGUCUGUUAUUGAGCUCUUGAACACAGUGGGUGAACAAUUUGAGAAAGACCGUUUGGUGCAGCCAAGCGGGUCAUUGGAAGGCUCUACUGUCCUUGACCAGCUAUUCUACAUGCUGGAUAAGAUCACUGAAAGCAGCGAAAUAUCAAGCAGAAUUAAGUUCAAGCUGGUUGAUAUGAAAGAGCUGAGAGAAGUUAAGCAUUGGAAUAGCACUAAGAGAGAUGAGGGUCCAAAGACGAUCCAGCAAAUUCACGAAGAGGAAGCAGCUAAGAAGGCUAUGGAGGAAAGAGAACGCAAAAUGAAGGGAAGUUCAAGAUCUGGAUCUAGAAGAAACAACUCCAACUCGAUGAUGGGUAAUAGAAGCAACUCGAGGAGGGAACCUGUCUCCGUUUCUAAGGACAGCUUCAUUUCCACUCGCUCCUCUUCUUUGAGACAUGUUCAGAGUGCCGCUCCGGCCAAGGAGGAGACCCCAGCUCAAAAAACUGCUGUGAACAUGUUUGAUGCAUUGAUGGGUGCCGAAUCUGAUGAUGAUGAAUAG